AUGAUCCGACAGGCCGUCCGCUGGCUCCUCGGCCACGACGAACCUCGCGAUCCCGAGAAGCAGCAGGGCCAAGCGCAAGGCCAGGUCCCUCACCCGUCCGACAUGUACCCCGACGGCAGCACCGCAUCGCGAGACCAGCAGCAGCAGCAGCCACCUCCCAGCAUGAACCGCCUCAGCGUCGUCCCCACGUCCGAAGCGGCCCUCGUCCCGCCCACAGACAAGCUCCUCGUCUUCCGGUCCCUCACGGGCAUCGACACGGUCCCCACGCUCAGCACCUCCGGGCACGCCUCGCGCGCGGCUCCCAACCACGGCAUCUACCCGCGCAUCGUGCGCGCCGAGCGCAAAGCCAAGCGCGGCUACCGCGUCUUCAACGUCGCCAUCAACGCCUGCCUCGGCAUCCAGAUGAUUGUCGCCGCCGCGCUGACGGCCCUUGGCGCGGCCAACGGGUCGCGCGCCGCCGUGACGGGCUUUGGCGCCGUCAACACCAUCAUCGCGGGUCUCCUGACGUACAUCAAGGGCAGCGGGCUGCCGAACCGUCUCAAGUACGUGGCGGACGAGUUCCGUGCCGUGCGCGAGUACAUUGAGCAGCGCGAGCGCGAGUUCUGCCUCGCGGAUUGUCCGCUUAAUCCGUACGAGGAGGUGCAGAUUGUGGACGACAUGUACGGCGCGGCGAGGCAGAACCUCGAUAGCAAGCAGGGGCAGGGCGGCGGGGGGCAGAGGGGCAGCGGCGUGGUCGCCGCGCAGCACGGGCAGACGGGAAUUGCGUCGUCGGCGUCUGGGCUGGGCCACAUGGUGCAGCGGUUCUCCAAGUUUACCGAGUCUUCGGCUUCCACGAAGGCGCCGCCUCAGUGCCACUGCGAGAAGCAGUCUGUCAAGGAGUAG